AUGAUCAGAGGAAUAUUGACUAGACAAGCUGGGCAUCUGAACCAGUUAAGAGCCAGAAGCAUUACUUCUCCUAGCAUCUCUCACAACAUAUGGUUAGCCCGUACAAAUUUGUCAUGGAAGAGAUACCAUGGACAUUUACAUAAACCGAAACCGGGAGAAGAGUUGCAUGUGACAUUCAUAUUGAAGGAUGGAACACAAAAGACUUUUGAAGUGGCAGAAGGGGACUCUCUCUUGGAUAUAGCUCAAGGCCAUAAUCUAGAUAUGGAGGGUGCCUGUGGUGGUUCUUGUGCUUGUUCGACCUGUCACGUGAUUGUGGACCCAGACUAUUACGACGCAUUAGAAGAACCUGACGAUGAUGAAAAUGAUAUGUUGGAUUUGGCUUACGGGUUAACUGAGACAAGUAGAUUGGGAUGUUGCAUUAAAAUGAAUAAGGAUAUCGAUGGUAUCAGAGUCGCUCUUCCUUCAAUGACAAGAAAUGUUUCAUCUUCAGACUUCGAAUAG